UGUUGAACGUCGCCUCAAUGGACACCGCUGCGAUUCCCUUGUAAGAAACGGCUUUUGUAGAAUCGGGGAAGUAGGACGAGAAGAUGCUGGAGUCCAUCGAGUCGAACCCCGAGUUUCGAGUGGGCCAGCGCGUCCACGCAGCCGGCGAUCCCCGCAGAAUCGGGACGGUGAAGUACGUGGGACCAAUCCAUGGCUACUCAGGCACGUGGGUGGGAGUGGACUGGGACGAUGGGGAAGCCAAGCACGACGGGUCCAUCAACGGGGUCCGAUACUUCCAGGCCAGGUCCGACCGGUCAGGAUCGUUCGUACGGGCCCAUAAUCUGAGCACGGGCAUUUCGCUGCUGCAAGCUCUCGAGCUCAGAUACCGAGGCGAGUCUACCAAAGAAGAGGAAGAUGAAAUGUAUGUUCUAUCAGCUAGCAACAAGCGCGUAUCAGUUCAACUUCUUGGUAAAGAUAAAAUUCAACAUAUGCUAAGUCAAUUUGAGGAGUUAACCAGUGCUGCAGUAUCUUAUAUGGGUGUUAGUACUCCUGGAGUUCCAUGUCAUAUCGGUACCAUUGUGCCAAAGCUAAAGGAGCUUGACUUGACUGGAAAUUUGCUUUCAGAAUGGAAGGAUGUUGGCACCAUCUGUGGGCAGUUACCAGCUCUUGCAGCCCUCAAUAUAUCUAACAAUUUGAUGUUACUAGAGAUUUGUGGCCUACCACAGCUGAAAGCCAUCCGCAUUUUAGUUAUAAACAAUACUGGCAUAAAUUGGUCACAGAUUGAAAUACUUAAAGAUUCACUCCCAGCUAUUGAAGAGCUACAUCUGAUGGGGAAUAAUAUAAGCACAAUCCAGCCUUCAUCUUCCUUUGUAGUUCGGGGAUUUGAUUCUCUGCGGCUUCUGAAUUUGGAAGAUAAUUGUAUCGCUGAAUGGGAUGAAAUCUUAAAGCUUUCUUGGCUAAGAAGCUUGGAGCAGCUGCAUUUGAACAAGAACAAUUUAAACCGUAUAUACUAUCCUGAUAACGAUAGAAUGGAUGAAUUUCUUGGUGGUAAUGAAUCACAGAAAGAAAGUUAUAUGCCAUUCAAAAAUUUGUGUUCGCUUCUUCUCGGAGGUAACAAUAUUAUGGAUCUGGCCUCUGUUGACUCAUUAAAUGCAUUCCCUAAGUUGGUGGAUAUCAGGCUUUCUCGAAAUCCAGUGGCUGAUCCUGGACAAGGCGGUAUUCCGAGAUUUGUCUUGAUUGCACGUUUAUCAAAAGUUGAAAUACUAAAUGGGAGUGAGGUAAGCCCCCGUGAUAGGAAGGAUUCUGAGAUUAGGUAUAUUCGGUUAGUUAUGUCAGAGCUGCAUGAAAAUCCUGAAGAAAUCAAACAGCUGCAUCCUAGGUAUGCAGAGCUUAAAAUCUCUCAUGGAAUUGAGGAUGAAAGGCCAUCAGUUGGAGCUGCAGGUCCACAGAAAAUGGCAUCUGGACUCCUGUCUAUCACUUUGAAAUGUGUGGGAGCAUCAAUUGGUGAGAAGCCUCCUCUGACAAAGAAACUGCCAGCAACCACCACGGUUGGUAAGCUAAAGAUUCUUUGUGAAAGCUUUUUCAAGCUGAAGUCUAUCAAGCCCAAAUUGUUCCUCCAAGAAGAGGGUUCUCCAUUACCGAUAUUGCUUGAGGAUGAGAUGGCAUCUUUGAUGGACCUAGGAAUUGGGAAUGAGUCCAUCAUUCUCUUAGAUGAAGAGAGUUGACAGAAUUAAAUCCUAAAGUUGGAGCAUUAUCUCAAGAUUAACAUGCCUGCACAAAUAAUGAACUUUUUCAGAUUUUCUCCAAUGUCUGCAUGUGCUGCAUUGUGAUUGACAUUUAUUUGUCCUUUUCCUCGAGCUUACCUGCUUAAGAAUUUGACCGUCAUUAUAGGUGCUUGAUGCAGCACGUGUAUUUAACCAUUCAGAUAAUGGAUUUUGGUGUCUACAGAAGUUGGUAUUGUGGUGUUC